CGCCCUUACCGGAAGUAGGCUAAACGUAUAUUUCAGCAAUAGACGCCUGAUAUCGCUGUACGCAGUCAGUCACCUGCUGCUCCUCGCGUGCCCAGACUACGAUACUUCCAGCACCUGAAGCGUGAUCAUGUCUACAGAGAAGUGUCUCGCUAAAGGGAGUGCCGCACCCGGUCCUGUCCCCAGCAAGCUCAUCAGACUCUACAGCAUGAGAUUCUGCCCCUACGCCGAGAGGACCAGAUUAGUGCUGAACGCCAAAGGGAUCGAACAUGAAACUAUCAAUAUCAACCUGAAGGACAAGCCGGAGUGGUUCCUUGCGAAGAAUCCUCUUGGACUUGCUCCAACCCUGGAGACCUCUGCUGGUGAUGUGAUAUGCGAGUCUGCCAUCACCUGUGAAUUCCUGGAUGAAGUUUACCCGAAGAAUAAGCUGCUUCCUUCCUGUGCUCUGGGUAAAGCUAAACAGAAGAUGAUGCUGGAGAAUUUUUCCAAGGUUGUACCAUACUUUUACAAGAUUGUAAUGGGGAAAAAUAAGGGCGAGGAUGUCUCGGGACCGGAAGCUGAACUGAAAGAGAAGUUUUCCAAAUUAAAUGAGGACCUGGUUAACAAGAAGACCAAGUUCUUCGGUGAGGACUCCAUCACAAUGAUCGACUACAUGAUGUGGCCAUGGUUUGAGAGGCUGGAGAGCUUUGGGCUGAAAUCCUUCCUUGACGGCACACCUGAGCUGAAGAAGUGGACCGAGCUAAUGUUGGAGGACCCGGCUGUCAAAGCCACAAUGCACAGUGUGGACACCCACAAGGCCUUCAACAAGAGCUUCGGGGAGGGGAAACCCGACUACAACUAUGGCCUGUAGAAAAGAAGUGACCAAAAGCUUAAAACCGUCCCGUUUAUUAUUCAUACCCAUCUUUUGAUUGUGUUACUCUGGGGGUCGUGUGUUAGCAAAUACUAUGAUGAGUUGACAUUGAAGGGGUGUGUUUUUAUUGGCCAUUGAUUUUGUUAUUGAGGUAAAAAAUAGGAAUCAUAAUGGAAAUGAGGUUCAGUGAAGUAAAUUGACUCGAUGUGUUUUCAAUGAUCCAGUGCUUUCUCUAAUAAAAACGGUGGAUGUAA